AUGACAGAGGUACAUAAGUUGUUAAAGUUGAAGGCAUUUGUUUUAAGAGUUGUGGAGGAAGAAGGUUGGAAUGUGUUGGCAAAGAUCUUAAAACCAACAUCUAGUGAAAAGGAUGAAUUUAAAGAAUUAUUAACUGAAGCAAGAAAACAAGCUAAACUAUUUGAAGGAUGCCCCACGUCUUAUGGCCUAGCUUAUCAAAACUCAUAUAACAAGCAAACAACAAAGCAGUUUAACUACUACUUUUGUAGAAGUGCUGGUCAUAUGGCAGCAAUAUGCCCUUCAAAAUCGACAAAAGGUAAUUCAUUAGGAAAUAGGUUUUUUCAGAAUAAAGAAAACAUGAAAGGUGACUAUGCUCAGGAAAAAGUGGAGAACAGAAUAAUGAUAAUGAUCAAUGCAGACCAAAACAGGGAGAUUGUUGGAAGAAUAAAUGAAUCAGCAGCUGUAAAAUAUUGGAUGGAAAAAAUAAAACCACCCUUAGUAGUAUUUUGUUCUAGCCUAGAACAAGAACAACCCAAUACUAUCAAGAAAAAUAAAGUUUUACAGACUGAUUGUAGACACAGAAAAGGCACAAGUGAUUAUACUUCAACAAAAGCUAGAAGAAACAAAAGCCUGUUUGAAGGCACUGUUAGGAAUAAAUUGGGUAACAGCCAGACAGUUGGUAAGAGUCACAGGCAAGAUUCAGAGCCUAGUGAGAGCCUUUGCCCUAGCACAAAUAAAAUGUUUGAAGUUCUACUCUCUUAUCGAUGUGGCAAAUCACCAAAAUUGAAAAUAAGACGAAAAAAUCAGUCUUGCAGAGCAGGCAAAAAUAGACGUCUGUUGAUGCCUCAACAGCUAGAUGGUGCACAAAAUUGGAUGGUCAAACAGCAUUUGGCAAUUGGCCAGAAAGAAAGCAAAAGCACUUUUGCUUGGACUUCAGAGUUUCACAAAUAUGCUGAGAGGUUUCUAGGUCUUGGUGUUUAUAGACAGUCAUACGGCUCUAGCAACAAUAAGUUUUGGAGGAAAAUGUUGGUGGCAAAAGGAAGCCUACAGAAACUUGUAGCAAGUUUGUCUGGAAAAGGAUAUUUGGAUCUACAAGAUAAGAUGGAGGAGGUUUUUCAACAAAUAGAUGCUAUGUUUGGACCAUAUUCAAUAGAUCGAAUGGCUUUACAUCUGAAUACAAAAAUGAGAAAACAAAAUCAAUUAUGUUUGCCUUCCCUUACACCUGGUACAGAAGCUAAAUCUGAGAAGUAUUGGAACCUCUAUAAAGAAUUUUGUAAGAAGUUUGACCUUGACGUAGAAAACCCACUUGAAGAGGGUAAAGAGGGUUUUAAAAAAUCUUUAGCUAUAGCACAAGUAUUAAGAACAAUAAGAAAGGAGUUUUCAAAGGACAAAACACCAGAUUGGCCAUGUGAUUUAUUACUAAUAAUAGCACUAAAGCACUAUGUAGACAUACUAUCUCCCAAGGCUGAUGCAUUAAUUCACAAGAGGAAUGUAGCCUUAGUAGCCCUGGGGUUAAGAACAAUGCAAAGACCAGGGAAACUAGGGAACCUAACUUUGAAGGAUAUAAAAUGGCAAGAUAACAGAACCUUGUGGGUCCAGAUCUGUAAAUCAAAGACAAACCAAUUUAAAAAUGGCAGGUAUAUUCCAGUGAAAAAUAUAGGAUCGAAAUACUAUACAGUCAGACUAUUGGAGCAAUACUUAGAAAUUCAAUCUAAGAUGACUGCAAAGCCACCAUUAUUCCUAUCAAAACAAAGGAAAAAGAUUUCGGUUUUAGCAAUUGGCUCUGUAGUUAAAAGGUUUGCUGAACAUGCAGGCCUGAAUGGCAAAUUUACAGCUCACUUAUUGCAAAUUGGAGGAGCUAUGGCAGCAAUGACUGCAAGUAUAAACCUUACCCAAAUCCAAGCAAUUGGAGGUUGGGACUCUAAAGCUGUCAUGCUAUACCUAAGAACUCAAUCCUUGUCAACAAUCCCAUACUGUUCUACAUUAACAGAUGUAUUGUUUGCCAUGAAAAUUGUUCAUUCAAUAGAAGAUACAGGUUCUAUGAUAAACAAUAAUAAUUAUCUACUUGUGAACGAAGUCACAAG